AUGGUGCCGAUGACAGCAAGCGAAAGGAAAUCAGUCACAAAAGUUUUCGGUUCGACCUCGCCACAAAAGCAAUAUUUAAGACAAGUGCAAGAUUCUACGCUUUGUCUCAACGAAGAAACCUAUUUGCACAGAUAUUCAGCCACAACACACGACACGCAUGAUCAUCAGUCAAGCGAAAGGUUUGAGAAGAAUGGUUUAAGUAGUUUUGUGGACAGCGAAAUGAGACGACUUCAUCAUUCAAAAUUUCUUAACACGAAAUUCUCUUCAUUGGAUGCAGGUGGGAUAAGGAAAGGGCAAAAGAGGGAUAAUGGUAGUUUGAUGGAUAAUCGUAGGAGGGAUGUGUUGGGGAAGCGGGAGGUAGAAAGGGAUAAAAGUAUGUGUGACGUCGAGGGUAUAGUUGUAAAAAAUAACAAUGAAAAACUUGGUAAAUAUUCGAAAAGACCCAGAAAUAUUCCUAAUUCGAGAGACGCUGGUCCGUUGUAAAAUGUGAUAUCAAGCAUAUCUACUGUAAAAGCAU